AUCAUAUACUAUCGUAAGUUAUCUCUUAUCUACAUCCUCUUUCAAAUGGUCUCCCCUCUCUUUUUAAGUAAACCUCUUAAGGUAGAUUCAGUGCUUUUGCGUAUACUUUCUAGUUAGAGUUAAUUCUCGCAGAGUAACGUUGAUGUUGAACAGAGCGUACGCUCUGUACCGAAUUUUAAUAGUGGUAGAAUAAUAAAAAAAAUUAAAAUAAAUAAUAAAUAAAUAAAUUUAGUGAAAAAUGAGUAUUCCUGGAAAACUUGUUACAAAUGGUGUUUAUGAAUUUUCUUAUAUGCGACCAGUUGAUACAAGAACAAAGUGGCAAAAAUUUAAGGAUGGGAUUUACAAUAGAAAAGAGAAUACACUUUUUGGACACACCAAAUAUGAGUGGGGUAGAACGGGACUUUUCUACUUAGUUUUUUUUAGUGUACUAGCAGCAUUUUUCGCUAUUUGUAUGAAAGGCUUAUUAGCGACCCUAAAUGAAGAUAAACCAAGAUGGAUUCUAGAAAACAGUAUUAUUGGUACUUCUCCUGGUAUGGGGUUUCGACCUAUAUCCAAUGAUCUAAAGGACGAAAUGGUUAUAUCUUAUGACACCAAAAAUAGUAGUGAUAUUAACAUUUGGAUUCAAAAGUUGGACUUGUUUCUGAGCAGUUACCACAACUCAUCGUUACUGUUAGAUGAUGGACGAAAUCAACAAAUCUGCAACUAUGAUGCUCUGCCACAUCAAAACAAAGUUUGUAUGUUCGAUGUGGAUACCUUAGGUCCAUGUUCAUAUGGACAGGGAUAUGGCUUUGCUACUGGCAAGCCUUGCGUAUUUCUAAAAUUAAAUAAGAUAUUUAGCUGGAUACCGAAAUUAUAUGACGAUCCACAAAAACUUCCGACUAAAAUGCCAGAACGACUCAAACAACAUAUUCAAAAUACUGACAUAAAUAAAAUGAAAAAUAUAUGGGUAUCUUGUAAAUCACUCAAUCAACCAGGUAAUAGUACCUUAAAUGAAAUUAUAGAUUACUACCCAAAAAUUCAGGGAUUUCCGGGAUAUUUCUAUCCCUACGAAAAUCAACCUGGAUAUCUUAGUCCUCUUAUUGCUGUGCAAUUUACAAAUUUUAGAAAAAAUGCAGUUAUUGAAAUUGAAUGCCAAGCAUGGGCAAAGAACAUUAAGGAUGAAGACGACGCUGACGGAAAAGCAUAUAGAGUACGCUUUUCAUUAAAGAUAAUCGUUUAGUUUAUUUAUUUUCUGCGCUAAAUAAUGAAUGUACUUAUAUGUAUAUAUAAAUAAUUAAUUGUCACUUGUUACCGACAUCUGUUCAAUAAGUUAAUGUGAUAUUUAUUUAAGGUAAAAACAAGCUAAUUGGGGGGUCAUCACCGAUAUGUAGCUGUGAAACCUCUUGUACCUGAAUCUAUAUUAUCUAAUAAUUUGCAUAAUUGGCAUUAACUAUUUAAAGUCAAAUUAAUUCUCAGGAAUAUUUUUGGAUAGAUAAAUUUAUUGUGAAAAAAAUUCACAAAAAUUUUAAUAGCAUACUAAUUGUAUUAGUAUUUUCUUUAAUUAUU